ACCUGCUUCCUCUAAUGUUUUACAUGCAAAUACAGCUCCUGGGUGUGGAUGUACCUGGGUGUUUCUCGAAGCAGCCCCUCCUCCCUCUACACUGAGGUAAGGUGAGACCUUCGAAACUCUGAGCGCUUUGUUAUUUACCUUGACGGCAGCCAGCUCUUUUCCAUGGAAUAAAAAUGUUAUAUCACCCACUGUGCAUGGUGUUUAAAUCCUAAAACUCUACGGACAAUUGUACCUGGAGCAUAAAGUCACACAAAAUGGAGAAGGAAAUAAAAGGAAAUGCUUCUCAGCUUUUUUCAUCCAAUAAUGCAAAUGAAAGGACCGACCCCUAUGGCUUUGAGAGGCCUCGCGAUUUCGAGUCUUAUAAGGACAUGAUGAAUGAGUACGUAGCUGUCCUCAACAGAAGGUCUAUGAAGUGGUCCAAACUCCUUCAGGGGAAGUCGCAUGUGGAGAAGAACAUGACAGUGAAGAGGUUUGUGCGUAAAGGAGUCCCCAAUGAGCACCGAGCCAGGAUCUGGAUGGCAGCGAGCGGUGCCCAGGAACGGAUGGAGGGUAACCCGGGUUAUUAUCAGUCCCUGCUGGUUCUGGAGCACGACGCCAAGCUGAAAGAAACCAUUCACACAGACAUGCACAGGACUUUUCCAGACAACGUCCUCUUCCAGAGCAAAGCCGAGAACUGUCUGCAGAGCACUCUGUACAACGUUCUGCUGGCCUAUGGACACCAUAAUAAGACCGUUGGAUACUGUCAGGGUAUGAACUUCAUCGCAGGAUACCUCAUCAUAAUCACCAAAGAUGAAGAGAAAUCCUUCUGGCUUAUGGAUGCAUUGUUGGGCAGAAUACUCCCAGACUACUACAGCCCGGCCAUGUUGGGGCUGAAGACCGACCAGGAGGUCCUUGGGGAGCUGGUGAAGGCUAAAGCCCCAGCAGUGGGGCAGCUGAUGGCCCAGUAUCCAGGCAUAUGGACCCUGGUGGUGUCCCGCUGGUUCAUCUGCCUCUACAUUGACAUACUGCCAAUAGAGACGGUGUUGCGGGUCUGGGACUGUCUUUUCUACGAAGGCUCCAAAGUGCUUUUCCGUGUCGCUCUGACUCUCGUCCUUCACCACCAGUCUGAGAUCCUGAGAGCGCGUUCUUUGUCUGAUGUAUGCGAGUGCUUCAAACAGAUCACCCACGGAGCCUUCACCAUGGACUGUCACACCUUCAUGCAGAAAAUUUUUACUGAACCUGGGAGUCUGUCUAAGGCGACGAUUGAAAAACUACGGGACAAAUGCACAAAGAAAAUCCAAGAGGAGGAAUCUGGACAGCCGUAAGGAUGUGAAUGUUUUCAUUAAACCCUGUGUUCGCAAUACUUUUGCUGCUACUGCUCUGUUCUCAGCGCUUUAUAAAAAUAGUCUGUGAUGUUUUUUAUUUACUUAAUAUUUUUUUCUCGGGAGGUAAGCAUCUGAUUUGUUACUGUGAAGAAUAAUUGUUGAGUCAAAGUUUUGUUGUGUCACCAUCGAAAGCACAAUCUGUUGUCAUUGCCCAGUUUAAGUUAUGAACUGAAAGCUUUAUUUCUCAUUGUCAUUAAGAUUUUGUUGACCUGGUGUAAAUAAAACAAAUUGUGAGUUAAAGUUCCCCUCUGCCCCAGUCUUU